UUUGAAGCUGGUCUAUUGUCCUUGACGAACCGAACAGAGCCACGCGUCUUGCGUUUCUCAAACAACAUACGACAGCAUCACUCACCGUCCCCAAAGCAAAACACGGCCUCUCUUUGAAUGAAUGUUUCCCUCUCCCCCCGCCCACCCUCCUAUCAUUUUUGCUAAUCUACUGUCUCCUUCAUUUUUCGUUUCUCUAAAGUCAUUUUCUAGAUUUCUUUCUCACAAACUCUAAAGCCGCACAAACGCGCAACAACUACAUUACUUCCAGUAAUGGAGAUGAAUCCAGAGCUCCUCUCCCAAUGCUUCCUCCAUACACUCUCUCCUGCGCCGGAGCCACGCCGCGCCGCCGAAGCCAAACUCACAGAAGCUGCCGACCACCCAAAUUAUGGCCUCGCUGUUCUCCGUUUAGUAUCUGAACCCUCCGUCGACGAGCAGAUCCGCCACGCUGCUGCUGUCAACUUUAAGAACCAUUUACGCUCACGCUGGGCCCCGUCAUCGGACUCUUCACUCUCUCCCAUCCUUGAUGCUGAGAAGGAUCAGAUCAAAACCCUAAUUGUUAGUCUCAUGCUCUCCUCCACUCCUCGCAUUCAGUCACAGCUCAGCGAGUCGCUUUCUCUUAUUGGCAAACACGAUUUCCCGAAAUCAUGGCCCACUUUGCUUCCGGAGCUAAUUUCCAACCUUGAUGUCGCUUCCCGCAAUAACGAUUACGUCUCCAUUAAUGGUGUGUUGGGUACGGCAAACUCUAUCUUCAAAAAAUUCCGGUAUCAGUAUAAAACAAAUGAUCUCUUACUUGAAUUAAAGUAUUGUCUUGAUAAUUUUGCGGCUCCACUAUUAGAAAUUUUCCUUAGAACCGCUGUUUUAAUUGACUCAACGGUUAGCUCAGGUGGUGGCUCCCCUGUAAUCUUGAAGCCGUUGUUUGAGUCUCAGAGGUUGUGUUGUAGGAUAUUUUACUCGCUGAAUUUUCAAGAGUUGCCUGAAUUCUUUGAGGAUAACAUGGACAAGUGGAUGAACGAAUUCAAAAAAUAUUUAACCACCACUUAUCCUGCACUAGAAAGCAGUGCUGAUGGACUAGCAGUUGUUGACGACCUUAGGGCUGCAGUAUGUGAGAAUAUUAGUCUUUACAUGGAGAAGAAUGAGGAGGAGUUUAAAGGAUACGUGGAAGGUUUUGCCCUUGCUAUUUGGACUUUAUUAGCCAAUGUAUCCCAGUCAUCCAGCCGCGACAGAUUAGCGGUCACAGCCAUUAAGUUCUUGACUACAGUGAGUAUGAGUGUCCAACACGUUCUGUUUUCAAAUGAGGGGGUCAUCCCGCAGAUUUGUCAAAGUAUUGUGAUUCCUAACGUGCGGUUGAGGGAUGAGGAUGAAGAGCUAUUUGAGAUGAAUUACAUUGAGUUUAUUCGGAGGGAUAUGGAGGGGAGUGAUCUUGAUACUAGGAGGAGGAUUGCAUGUGAAUUGCUUAAAGGGAUUGCAACAAAUUAUAGGACCCAGGUAACUGAAUUGGUUGCUGUUCAGAUACAGAAUUUGUUGGCCUCAUAUGCUGCAAAUCCAGUCACAAAUUGGAAGGACAAAGACUGUGCAAUAUAUUUGGUUGUUUCCCUUGCAACCAAGAAGGCUGGGGGCACGUCUGUUUCAACUGACCUUGUUGAUGUUCAGAAAUUUUUUGCACAAGUGAUAUUGCCUGAAUUGCAGAGUCAGGAUGUAAAUGGGUUUCCAAUGCUUAAGGCUGGUGCUCUCAAGUUUUUUACAGUAUUUAGAAGUUUGAUACCAAAGCCUCUUGCAGUCCAAUUAUUCCCAGAUUUGGUUCGGUUCCUUGGUGCCGAGUCAAAUGUUGUUCAUUCUUAUGCUGCAAGUUGUAUAGAGAAACUCUUGCUGGUCAAGGAUGAGGGAAGACUGCCACGGUAUAAUGCAGUAGAUAUUACUCCAUUUGUACAAGUGUUGAUGAGCAACCUCUUCAAUACCAUGAAGUUUCCAGAGUCUGAGGAGAAUCAAUAUGUAAUGAAGUGCAUCAUGCGGGUUCUAGGAGUGGCAGAAAUAUCUGCUGAGAUUGCUGCACCUUGCAUUGCUGGAUUGACCUCAAUCCUCAAUGAAGUUUGCAAAAACCCAAAGAAUCCUAUAUUCAACCAUUAUCUCUUUGAAUCGGUGGCUGUUCUUGUUAGACGUGCAUGUGAGAGGGACGUCUCUUUCAUACCAGCCUUUGAAACAAGCUUAUUUCCUAGCCUCCAGAUAAUUUUGGCGAAUGAUGUCACUGAGUUCUUGCCUUAUGCAUUCCAGCUCUUGGCUCAACUUGUUGAAUUGAGUAGACCCCCAAUCUCUCCUAAUUACAUGCAAAUUUUUACUCUUCUCCUGUCUCCUGAUUCAUGGAAGAGAAACUCAAAUGUUCCAGCACUUGUGCGUCUACUUCAAGCUUUCCUUCAGAAAGCACCACAAGAGCUCAACCAAGAGGGGAGGCUCAGCCAGGUGCUUGGGAUCUUCAACAGGCUUGUAGCAUCCCCAAGUACUGAUGAACAGGGUUUCUAUGUUCUCAAUACUGUGAUUGAGAAUCUUGACUAUGGUGUCAUUGCUCCCUACAUGGUUCACAUUUGGAAUGCCCUAUUUACACGCCUGCAAACUAAGCGGACUAUCAAAUUUGUUAAGUCUCUCUUGAUUUUUAUGUCACUCUUUCUGGUCAAGCAUGGUUCUGCAAAUCUUGUUGACACUAUGAAUGCAGUUCAACCCAAUAUAUUCAUGGUGAUUUUGGAGCAGUUUUGGAUUCCCAAUCUCAAGCUAAUCACUGGACCCAUUGAGGUUAAAUUAGCUGCAGUUGCCUCAGGAAGACUUAUCUGUGAAUCUCCUGCCCUUUUGGAUGCUGCAGCUGUUAGACACUGGGGAAAAAUGCUGGAUAGCAUUGUUACCCUUCUCUCGCGGCCUGAAGAGGAUAGGGUUGAAGAUGAACCAGAAAUGCCUGAUAUUGCAGAAAAUGUGGGUUACACUGCCACCUUUGUCAAUCUUUAUAAUGCUGGGAAAAAGGAGGAAGAUCCUCUCAAGGACAUAAAGGAUCCAAAGCAAUUCUUAGUUGCUUCAUUAGCAAAUCUUUCUGCUCGUUCCCCUGGGAGGUUUCCCCUGAUAAUCAGUGAAAAUCUUGAUGCAGCAAAUCAAACAGCACUACUACAGCUUUGUAGCACUUACAAUUGCCCAAUUGUUUGAGAGGCAUUUUGGAGAAGGAAAAACAGUUGUAACUUUGCAAGCUGAACUGCUAUAUGGCAACAUAAUUUGCAACUUAACUGAAAGUAGUCUUGCACGUGAACUCUUUAUUCCUAACAUCGCGAAAAGUAAAUAAUAAAUUGAUUGAUUUUAGCACUUCUGCUUUUAUAAAAUGAAGACUGUAACCGUAACUUUUAUUUUUCAUCUAGCCUAGGUGAUAGUGCAGACUCGUCUAUUUGAUUAUCCUUGUUUAAAUUGUAAAUUUAUGCUCUGCCCUUAAGUUUUGUUCGCUCAGUUUUGUUUAGCUUCCUGAAACCUGACAAUUUUGGGAUUGUACAUCAGUCAAGGAUCGUUCCAUCAUUGAGUGUUAUUGUCGUCCUUAUAAGUUUAUUUACACCUUUGCAAUUGGAUUUUGCUAUCCAUUCUCUUUUUGUUCCUCCUCUCUUUACCAAAGUUGAGAAAAUUAUGACAUCUAUAUUGAAAUAUUUUAAUCCUCAUGUUUUCUUAGCUUCUUUCAGAUCCUCUUCUCAGUAACUUCUUUUUUUCUUUUUUUUUUCCCCCAUUAGUAACUCCUUUCUUUCCAUAACUUUUUCUUCAUUUGUUCUGAGUGGCUUUUUUUUUUUUUAAAAAAAAAAAAGAUAUAGCUUGUGGAAUUGUUGUGCAACCUUUAGUCUUCUUCAAAGACCUUAUCUAAUUCCAUUCCCAUUUGUGACUAAAUUUCUUGAUACGUAUUACAAAGGGUUGUUUGUGAAGAGCGAGAAACUCACCAAUUAGUGUGUGCAUAAACCCCAGAAAAGAUGUUGAAAUGAACAACUUUAUUGUGUUGAAUGUACUGUUAACAGGAGGUAGAUUGCGUGCAAGAUGUUUGAGAUAUAACUAUCUUAUGGAUUAAAACGUUGCAUCUGCCUAGUUGAUGUCUUCUUUGCAUCUCGCUUAUACCUCUUGUAUAUCAUAAACAGUAACUGGUAAGUUUAAGUGCAAUGUAUCUCACCGUUCUUCUGUGCUGGUUUUCAGAAUCUUGUAUAGGAUUGAGGUCUGUUUUGUGGUCGUUUCAACUUGCUAGUAUGAACAGAUGGCAUCUUUUACUUUAUGGUCAAUGGUUGCAGUCGGUGAAUCAUCUGUUGUGAACAUCCCAAGGUCAUGGAGUAACAAUAUGGGGUUUACAGCCUUGGGGAGUUGUACAAUGCUUAAGAGUGGAUAAUUGAUUCAGAGAGGCUUUUAUUGGAUUCUGCAGUAAAAGAUCAGUCCCCUUGCUUUGAGUUUAUCAAAAUUCUGGUCAAUUGUGUUGUCGUGUCGGUUGUUAUUAUACCAUUGCGUUGUAGGGUCACUGAGCACAUGUGAAAGGAGGAAAACGAGUUCCUGAAAGGAAUUGGUUCAAUAACUGUGUAGAUUAAUUUUGGUUUGUCUUAUGUGAAAAGUUUUGGCUGUUAUUCUCAUUUCAUUGCAGUAAGUCUCAUCUUGGCUUUGAAUUUGUUAAUUACAUGGGUAUUCUUGGAC